AUGACAACUGAAGUUGGCUCAGAGACUGAAGUAAAGAAAGAUUCUGAGCAGCUGGGAACAGACAAAGCCAAGGAAAAGCCUGAAGAAGCAUUAAAAAAUCCAGAAAGGCAAAAGUCCGAGGAAACAUCCCCUGAAGAAGCUCAAGAUUCUUCCUCUGUCCCAGCACCAACCAGCCAAAGCAGUCCAAGCAGGCAGAAGAAGGAAAAAGCUUCAUCUGAAAGCAAGGGUAUUUCUCGUUUCCUUCCCCCCUGGCUUAAGAAACAAAAAUCGUACACCUUGGCAGAACCCAAAGAUGAGACCAAGAAAAGGACCCCCGCAGAAGAGAAAGUUGAAGAAAGUGAAUGCCAGACACCAGAGGGGGUGGCUCAGCCAGAAAAGAGCUUAGAAGAAGCAGCAGCUGAAAAUCAGCAUAAGGCUAGAGCAGACAAAGAAGAAGAACGCUCUGUUAGUAUUGCUGAAGCACAGCCUGUCAAAGAAGAUGGUAAAGAAACGAAAGCAGAGAAAGUUGCAGAGGAAAAGGAAGAAAAAAAAGAAGAAGAAGGAAAACGGGAGACAAAAGAAGUGCAGACAGCUGAAACUAAACCACAACACAUUCCUCAGAAGUCUCCCAAGAAAAUUAAAACUGUGCAGUGUAAAGUGAUGCUUCUGGAUGGCACGGAAUACAGCUGUGACCUAGAGAAAAGAGCAAAAGGCCAAGUGCUGUUUGAUAAAGUGUGUGAACAUCUCAAUUUACUGGAAAAGGACUAUUUUGGGCUGUUGUUUUAUGAGAAUUCAGACCAGAAGAACUGGCUGGAUUCUUCAAAGGAAAUUAAGAGACAAAUUCGAAGUUUACCCUGGAUAUUCACCUUUAAUGUCAAGUUUUAUCCCCCUGAUCCUUCACAGUUGACUGAAGACAUCACUAGAUAUUUCUUGUGCCUACAGCUCCGUCAGGACAUUGCUUCUGGCCGACUGCCGUGCUCGUUUGUGACUCACGCCCUCCUGGGCUCGUACACCCUGCAGGCUGAGCUGGGCGAUCAUGACCCGGAGGAGCACCGCAGUGACUACAUCAGCGAGUUCCAGUUUGCACCCAACCAAACUCCAGAAAUGGAGGAGAAGGUAGCUGAGCUACACAAAACACACAGGGGCUUGACUCCAGCACAGGCGGAUUCCCAGUUCCUAGAAAAUGCUAAGAGACUCUCCAUGUAUGGAGUGGAUUUACAUCAUGCCAAGGAUUCUGAAGGUGUGGAUAUCAUGUUGGGUGUAUGUGCUAAUGGACUGCUCAUUUACAAAGACAGACUUCGGAUCAACCGCUUCGCUUGGCCAAAAAUUCUCAAGAUUUCCUAUAAGCGAAGUAACUUCUACAUCAAAGUCAGGCCAGCAGAACUGGAACAGUUUGAGAGCACUAUUGGGUUCAAGCUGCCAAACCAUCGGGCUGCUAAAAGGUUAUGGAAGGUUUGUGUGGAGCACCAUACUUUCUUCAG